AGCGAUCGAAAUUUUCGCCGCUGAAAUCUGGAGACUGAUUAAUACACACUUGUUCGUGUUCUUCAUCGGAGAUACCAUAGAUCGGAAUAUUUUACCUCGAUUUGAUUUCUGUUGACGUAACAUUUGACUGUGGGUUUGUGGGGGAAUUCUAGGGUUCUUAUUUGAUGAAGAAGAACUGAAGUGAAAAUGACCAUUAAAAUCUCCCAUCAGAUGAUGUUUUCCGUUCAUUCUUCGAAAUCGGACAAGGGAAUCGAAUGAUCGUCGGAUUCGGUAAGAGAGAAGGGACAAAGAUGCAUGCUAGGCAACGCAAUGUUGGGAAUGGGUACAGAUCUGGUUCAAUUGGAAUGGGGAUGUCUGGUUCUAGAAUUUCCCCUGAGCGUCCUAUGAGAGGACAUGGGUUCUAUGAACACCAACACCGUGGCUUUAACCGUGGAUAUGGACGAGGAAGGGGACGCUCUAAAUCAUACCACAAUCAGCUGCCUCCGCCUCUGCCUCCUCCACCGGUGCAGCGUAGAAGCGGUGGCGGUGGGGGUGACGUUUUCAUGGAGGCAGGUCGUCUAGCAACAGAGUACUUGGUUUCUCAGGGUGUUCUACCACAAACUGUGCUUUCCAGUAAAUGGCAGAAUGGUAACUUUAGGAAGCAAGCUGGAGAGUUUCAGAGUUCCAGGUCACAAGAAGCAGCUCGAAUGGAUGUUUCAGCUCCAGCCGCAGAUAAGAGGAGGUAUAUUGAUGGCUAUAGCUCAGCUGGCUCCAGGAAUAGCUUGAAAGGAAGGAGAUCCAACCGUUAUGACUCGGAUUUCGGGAGGAGCGGAUCUUGGUCAGAGAGAACUAAAGCUUUUGAGACCGAGACUGGUGACGACUCUGUGUCUGGGCAUCAAGAAGAGCAGCCGCUUGCUGAAGAUAUUGCUAGCUCGGUUCAGCGGUCAGCCUCCGGUGAAUUUUUGAGAAAGUGUGAAGGAGCUGGUGAUUCCGAGUCUGUGUUGGAAAAGUACAAUCUCCAAGAUGAGGCACAGUCUAAGACAGGUUCCUCGAGUGCCGGGAAAGAAAUAGUACACGAUUGUGAAAUCUCAAAAGUAUCAGAAGGCUCUUCUAGUUUGAGUGCUGGAUCAGGAGAGAUGAAAGGUAGGUCUGGUGGUAAUGGUGGAGAGAAUGAGAACCAGUCUGCUAUCGAAGAUGGAUCUAUCCAUCAACGUUCUGAAGAUGCAUCUAUUGAUCAACAGUGUGGGGCUGAUGAAUCAUUCACCAAGAGUGGUAUUGAUUUGGCAACGCUGUGUAAAUUUGAGAAGGUGCCUACGAGAACACGCUCUUCUCUGACUGCAAAAGGCCCAAAGCUUUAUUUGAGUCAAACUAUCAAGGAUAUUUCUCAUAAUUCUGGACUUCUAGAAGAAGAUCAAACUGAACAUCGAUGUGAGACUCGAGGCCAAUCAUCUGGAAAGGCUGAUAGUACUGGUGAUGAAAAUUUCAAUGACCAAGUUGAAGAUUUGGCUCUUGUUCAAUAUGUUGAGAACAGUAAAUGUCAUAGGUCUAAUUCUUUCCCUAGUAGCAUUCUCAGGGAUAACAGUGAGAAAGAUUCAGGAUUAGAAUUGCCUAAUCUGCACAGAUCACAUUCGGUGGGGAGAGUAGGUGAGAAACGGGUUGGUGAAGGCGGCAGUGACUUGGAGGAGAAAGUAAAAAGACAGAGAGAUUGGGUGCCUUUGCCAGUCCCUGAAGCCAAUGAACGCUUCAACAUAUUUAAGACAAGCGAAACGCAAUGCAAUCCAGAAGAAGAAGAAAAGAAAAGCUCGUUCAACAAAAGACUGAUUGAUGGUGCUACUGGAAGAAGGGUCAGCCAUGAAAGUCUGGUUAAUAACUCUACACACAAAAGGACACACACUGGCAAAACAGGUCCUGGGUAUGCUGAAGAACAUCAGCUGUUUCCUGCUUCGUUUAAGAUCUGUGACCUAAAUCUAGGGGGAGCGUCGGAUGUGAAUGAUGGCAAAAAGGAAUCUCGUCAAGCUGUUGAUUUUGAUCUCUCAAUCAGCAGUUCUAGUAAGUCUCUUGAGUUUGGUACGAGUACUCGGAUGAGCAAUGGUAAAGAGAUAGAAGUGAUUGAUUUGGAUGAUGAUUCCCCUGAAGUGGUAAAGUCCAGCAAUGAUCCGGGAAGAAAGCAAGAAGCUGCUCCAUAUGUGGGCAUCGAUGACGUCCCAGACUACAAUGAAGGACUCAUGAUGGUAGAGUUUCUUGAUUCCUUUGAAAACAUUCCUCCAAUAAACCAGGGAACCAAUAGUGUUCCACAGAAUAACAACGCAGUUAGCCUUCAAGACAGAGAGGGAGCUAUUGGAAAUGACCAAGUACCAAAUAAUACAGACGAUGACUCGAUCUUCAUGUCACUGGGAGAAAUACCAUUGACAUUCUUGCAAUCUUGGGACCACCAACCUCCGGCUAGAGACUACGAGAAGCCUUUCUGAUUCUCUUUUUUUUUGUUGUGUUUCUUCAAUCUGUGUAAUGGGUGUGUAGUAGCCCAAUAUGGUUUGUGCUAAUCUCAAUCCUCUCAGAUGUAAGAUUGUGACUUUUGGUGUUUUAUGGUUGUAUGUACCCUUUGUAAUGCUCUCUGUUUAUUCUCCAGUGUCCCCAUGUUUUAGGUUAGUUCAACAAUUUCUGAAAUUGUAAUAACCACUGAUAUCUGUA